AAUUAAAGCGACUUUGCUCUAUCUCUCUAUCUCUCAGAGAGGAAAGCAACAAGAACUCAAGCGAAGCAACCCUGGAACCUGAUCGAAUGCGCUUGUAGGAUCGAGGGCAGCUGCUUUCCCGGCCCCAAUUCCGCUCUCCCCUUGCGGUUCCUCCGCCUCUGAGCUCAAAAAGGCGUCGUCUUGGACAGCCCAGAGGAGCUCCACAAGUUGAGCAUGGCGGCGCUUUCUAAACCCGCAGAAGCUCUUGUUCUUCUCUUGUUCUUCCUUCCUUUCUUAUCUUGCUUCGCUGCUUCUUCCCGUAUCGAGCAAUUGACGUCCUUAUCAGGUGGAGGGCUGCAAGAUGGGAUUUUUCUACCGAGGAGAUCCGCCGCCGAGGCGCCGCCGGCUGACGUCGUCGUCGUGGACAAUAGCUCCUUCGUCCUGGCUGCUCCGAGGACGCACAGGAAAGAUCCCUUGGACGGAUUCCAUCGAUACACCGGCGGUUGGAACAUCAGUGAGAAGCACUACUGGGCCUCUGUCGGGUACACGGCGGCGCCGCUAUUCGCCAUCGCUUUGGCGUGGUUUAUCGGAUUUGGGCUGGUGUUGCUGUUCAUUUGCUGCUGGUUUUUCUGCUGCCGCCGCCGGAGUUACUCCUAUUCCCGCGCCGCGUACGCACUGUCCCUCAUCCUCCUGGUGCUAUUCACCUGCGCCGCAAUCAUCGGAUGUGUGGUUCUGUACACAGGACAGGGGAAGUUCCACAGAAGCACUUACAGCACUAUGGACUACGUCGUCGGUCAGGCAAACUUCACGGUGGAGAACCUCCGGAACUUCUCAGACAGUUUAUCCGAUGCCAAGAAGAUCACAGUAGAUCAGGUGCUCCUUCCCUCCAAUGUCCGAGCUGACAUUGAUGUCAUCGCAGCAAGAGUUAACAAGUCGGCAACUCAACUUGCCGAUCGAACUUCAGACAACUCCAGGAAGAUUCGUCGCGUGCUGGAUCGAGUGAGGUUGGAUUUGAUCAUAAUCGCCGCAGUGAUGCUUCUCUUAGCGUUUAUAGGAUUCUUGCUCUCUAUACUUGGAUUGCAGUACAUUGUCUCCAUUUUAGUAGUUGUCGGGUGGAUUCUAGUGACCGGCACAUUCAUUCUGUGUGGUGUCUUCCUCAUACUACACAAUGUGGUGGCUGAUUCAUGUGUUGCAAUGAAUGAGUGGGUCGAUCAUCCAUACGCUCAUACAGCUCUCGACGAUAUUCUUCCUUGUGUCGAUGUUGCCACUGCCAAUGAAUCCUUGACUCGAAGCCGGGAAGUCACAUUCCAGCUAGUUAAUGUUGUCAAUCAGGUGAUCGCCAAUAUUUCGAACGGGAACUUUCCUCCUCAAUUGAAACCUUUGUACUUCAAUCAGACCGGCCCAUUGAUGCCUCUUCUUUGCAAUCCAUACAUGCUGGACUUGAAUAACCGGCCAUGCUUUCUUGGAGAGGUCGACUUCAACAACGCAACACAGGUGUGGAAAGGCUAUGUUUGCCAAACUAUGACUGAAUCAGGUUCCGAGGUUUGCACGACGGUUGGCCGGGUAACCCCGAGCAUAUACAACCAAAUGGCAGCUGCUGUGAACGUCAGCCGAGGGUUAUACUUGUACGUGCCAUUCCUUACACAGCUGGAAGACUGCACUUUUGUGCGCGAUACCUUCACGGGGAUAAGCCAGAACAAUUGCCCGGAUCUGGAGAGCAACAGCAAACUGGUGUACAUAGGGCUGGUGAUGGUUUCCGCCGCGGUGAUGCUGUCCUUGAUAUUCUGGGUGAUCUACGCGAGGGAGAGGCGCCACCGCAAGUACAACAAACAGUUUGUCGUCGGAUCGGGACAGCCGAUGCCGCAAGAAAAGGCGCCAUAAGAAUGUUUUUUGAAAAUAUCAAACUUUGUAGCAUUGUGAUGAUUAGAAUAGGUGAUGAGAUUUCAUGUAUGUGUUAAGAUUCUAUAGAUACGUUCGCCAAGUGCUUAACCAUCCGUGACGGUUCUUACAGGAUCGAAUGGUUCGUUUCAUUUUCA